AUGGUGGGACUGAGGAACCGUUCCACGUGGGAUCCCCUGCUGCUUAAGUCGUCCCGCAUCAAAUCCUGUGCCGUCGGCUGCUCCUUGGGCAUCACUUCACACCUCACCUACACCAAUGCAGACAAAGAGCCUGUUGAAGGUGUGUUUGUGUACCCUCUGAAAGAAAAGGAAGUUGUGGUUGGCUUCGAGGCGGCCAUUGCAGGACGUCUUAUGGGCGUCCAGAUUCAGAACCGAGGCAAGCUAAAGGACUGCUGCAUGGACUGCGGCCUUGGAUCUGCUGCCGAGGGUCGUGAAUGGAAUUGCUGCGGGAGCUCCGCCUUGGACAUGCAAUGCACCAAUGGUCAUCUUAUCCUGGAUGAAGACCUAGAAAGAAAUACCUUCAUUGUAGAAACAGGGGUCAUUGGACCAAUGGAUAUCGUGUCCAUCAUCAUGAAGACCUCACUGGAACUGCCUACAUUAGAAAAUGGAGCAAUCCACAUUGUCUACCCGACUUUACUGACACCCAUCGUCACGCACAUGACGGCAAGCAAGAGUGAAAAUGCUGGCAAAUCAGAAGAAACCGGACCAACCAGCUGUUUUAGUGCCACGUCGGGAAAACAGGACCGGGUUCUUGAUUCUGAGCAGCAGUACUGUGCGCAUGCCAUCUUCAACAGUCCAUCUGCCACUUUGGCUCCUUAUGAACUCAACUUCCAACUCCUGGUUCGAGGGGCUUGUCUGCUAGCCGGACUGGAGAGCCCCACACAUGCCCUGAGAGCAGAUGCUGACCCUAGCGCCCAAAGUGCCUCCUCCACCUACAUCACCUUAGCCCAGGAGCAUCCCUAUGACAGACACAUAGAGAUCAUCCUGCACCUCAGCGAACCCCACAGCCCGCUGGUCAUAAUCGAGAACGGAAGGCUCUCCUUUAGCCAGUAUGAACAGCACAUCUGCUCUCGACGUGACUUCAUUCGCUACACCCGUAAAGAUCCUGAACCUGAGAGGAAGGUGGAGUUUGUGCGGAAGCGGUACCACAAGGACAUCCUAAACAACCCGGUGCUGAUGCUCAAUUUCUGUCCCGAUUUCUUGGGGGAGCCUCGGGAGGUGAACAAAGCCACCAGAGAAAUAUUAUUUCUUGUCGACUGGAGUGGCGGCACGAGUGGGACCAACGUCCGUCGCGUCAAAGAAGCCCUGGUGGUCGCGUUGAAGAGUCUCCCUUCGGGCACCCUGCUCAACGUUGUCGGCUUCAGCACCCCCAUGAAACCGCUGUUCACUGCCAGCAAACUCUGCACAGAUGUUACGCUGAUGCAGGCCUACGAGUACGUUCAAAGGAUGAGAGUGAACAUGCGAGGCGUCAACCUACUGGGGGUGCUGUCUUGGGUGUACCAGCAGCCAAUGCAGCGCACGUACCCUCGCCAGAUCUUCAUCGUUACGGACGGCUCCAAAAGCAACGUGGGCAAAGUUUUGGAGCUGGUUCGUAGGAAUACAUGCGCUGGCAGAUGCUUUGGCUUGGGCCUUGGUUCCCAAGCAUGCAGGCGACUGCUGCAGGGUGUCGCCAAGCUGACAGGAGGCACUACAGAGUUUUUGGAAGAUGAGGAAAGACUUCAGCCCAAGCUCAUCAAGUCACUGAAAAAAGCCCUCGAGCCUGUGCUGACCGAUGUGCGGAUUGACUGGUACCUGCCUGAAAACAUGGAGGCCCUUCUUUCGCCCAAUGAAAUCCCCGCGCUCUACCCAGGGAAUCGUCUGAUUGGAUAUUGCACGCUCUAUGAUGUGACAACUUUUAAAGCCCAAAAGACAGAGUGCGGCUCCAAAGGUGUACAUAACGCCUCUGUUUUUUGCCCAUCAAAUGACGACAUCUCACCUCCAACUUCCGAGCUCAUGCCUGCGGUGACUUGUCCAGACGGUAACGACCUCGAGGAGGCGUUGAAAGAAAUUUCCAGAGAAAUCUCCUCAGAGUUCUCCUGUGCCAAAGACGUGGACCCCGACCCCAGCGCAGGUGCAGAGGUAGAGUGGUCCAGCGACGUGAGGACGAGGAUCCAGGAGAGCUCCUACAUCCAAGAGCAGUACGUCCUCACCCGUUGCUCAGUCAGUAGCGAGCGGAGUCUACCCACACAUGUAGAGGCCUCGUCAAGUUGCGACGCUACGAGCCGGGGUUAUCUCCCUGACCCGAUGCCGUCUGCUCCGCUGCUGGACACGGGAUCUUUACCUCAAGGCCUUGAGAAGAUACCCGGUCCAGAAGAGCGCUCAUCUUUGUCUCGCUGGGCUGACUCGGCGUGGCCGCAGAGUCUCUUAGCUGAUACUGAUGAUAACUCUGGGAAAAAGAUGUGGCAUGUAAACGUAGAAGACGAAUCACAUUGGAGACAAAAAUCUCUGGCCCGUUCAACCAUGGCAGCGAGAAGCUUCUCAUCGCCACAGGGUGAGCUAGAGAUGCAUCGUCUCAGGAGAGCUCUGGAAAGGGUCUCCUUCAACCAAACUCUGGGAGGAAGGCUAGAUGAAAGUGAUGGAGAGACAAAGCCGCCAGAGACGCUAUCUCACAGAAGCCUUAAUGACUCCAGUCAGUAUAUGAUCAGUUGUUCUCUUCAAUCAUUAAAAAUUCAAUUCAACCUGUUUUUCAAGGUGCCACUGUUUAAUUCUCCCUCUCACCCCACAGGUGGACUCCUUUUCCCCGCCUCUCCUCUGGAUUGGGACAACUUCACAGAUCCAGAGUACCUCUUCACCGCAGUCCCCCUGGAGGAUCCUCAACCGGGUCAAUGUCGCUCCCUCAUUCACGGCCUUCUGGGUGGCAGACCCGUGUCUUGGGAGGUCACCGUGAACCUGGCCCACCUCUUAAUCCCUGAAGAGCAGAGGGCAACAGUUGGGGAAGGGUGCGCAAGUAAAGGAGGGGGAAAAGAAAGGGAAUCUUGGGAGGAGAUCAUUCACCAGCUGACGGCUCGUUCUGUCAUACGAGACUUUGAGAAAAUGGCAGAGAGGGAGAGCCAAACGGGACACGGUUCAGCUAAGCGGUACCGUGUGAAGGCCAUCCAGACCAGUAAGCAUUGCAACAUCGUCUGCAUGUACACUGCCUUUUCCAUAAUUGACAGCAACUCCAGGAAAGGCUUUCAGAAUGACACGGAGGUCCACGAUUCAGAGAUACUCCCAGGAAGUAGCCGCAGUUCCCACUCAGACAGUCGCAGAAGCAAAACUUAUUCGGUAGGUCUGGGCAGAAGACCCAUGAGCAGAGACUGUGAAGAGGGUGAGGACACAUUGACAGACGUCCCCAGUGCUGCUGCCUCAGUAACAACAGGCCCGUCGUCUACUCGUUCUCAGCGAUCUAUAGAGAGCAAGUCGAUGGAGAGCUUCUUUGGCACCAGGUUUCCCCUUGGCAGACUCAGAUCCUCCAUUUCAUCAGGACGACAGGUUGCUCUCAAGUCCCACUGCCUGUCCGCAGAGACUGACAAACCUGAGAAUGAAGCUCCAGACUACCUGCCCCUGGUUCGCCUUCAGCUGGCUUCGGGAGCUUUUCGGCUCACUGAGAUGUACGCCGACUGUGUCCAGAUCCCCUUGGACCGGCUGAAGAGGGCUUCCCCCUACAUCCUUCACCGCCGCAGCCUAAGCCCGCCUUUCCGUUGUGCGUCUCCUAGCGCUCCAUCUUUAUCCUCCUCCACCAAACCGCCCAGCCAUCACCACGUAACCUUUUCACCCUCCUCCUGCUCCCUCACCAAAACAACCGCGCCGCCCUUCCACCAUACGCCAGAUGACACACCUUUGAUGCUAGAAGCCAGACCUCGACGAAGACACCUGUGGGACAGAGACCCCGUCAUCUUAUCCCCAGAUCUCCCUAGUUCUGAGGAAGGCUCCCUGGAGCUUCCGGCCAGCAACUCUCCAGGCCAGAGUCAUGGACAGGCAGAUAGCGGUCGCGGGUCAGAGACGGAUGUAUGUGAGGGAUCUUUACUGGAGCCCCCUUACCUCCAGGUAAGCAGCCAAUUGGCUCAAGAUGACCCGGAGGGCUCGAGCUGGGCGACUGCAGUAGCUCUGGCCUGGCUGGAGCACCGCUGCGCCGGAUAUUUCAUGGAGUGGGAGCUGGUGGCAGCAAAAGCCGACUUCUGGCUGCGUGGCCAGGAGCUGCCCGAGGGUGUGGACCUGGCCGGGUUGAGGGGGGCCGCCAGACAGCUGUUUCUGCUGCUGCGCCACUGGGAUGAGAACAUCAAAUUCAACAUGCUGUGUUAUAACCCCAAUAAUAUGUGAGGCAAUCUCCUCCAAAGGUGGACUGUCUCGUGACGUGGACUCGAGUCACCUGUUUU